CAACCAAAAUAUCAAAAUCAGUUGACUUCUCUGCUUAUCUUUGAAUUCUGUAAUUAUUGAUUGUAUUAUAUUGGGUAACUAUAAUCAUUAUCAACCGAUUAACAAAAUUACCCGGCAAAUUUUUUAACACGUUAUUUGCACAUAAUUUCAAUCAUAAUGUUUUCUACUUGUGCUCGCUUGAUUCGAAAAUCGUCACCUGCUGUUUUAAAUUAUUUGACUUUAUCAACUGCGCAGUCAGGGCGGUUAACUUUAUCGAAACUGUCUAGAACUUUCUCACUGUCAGCUGUUGAAAAUUUUCAUACAAGCCGUUCAGAUUUUAUUUCGCCAUCUUCAUCGCAUUGCUUCACACCGCUUAUAAUACAUAAGCGUAAUUUCGCUAAAAUGGCUAGCUUCGAAACGAAUGCAAUUGUCCCGGAUGUCAUUGAAAAAGCGCCCGGUGAAUUGCUGAAUGUUUGCUAUGGUGACGUGCAGGCUAAAGAAGGUAAUGUGUUGACCCCUACUCAGGUAAAAGAGCAACCAGAACUUAGCUGGAAUGCUGAGGCUGACUCCUUUUACACAAUUUGCAUGACUGAUCCAGAUGCUCCAAGUCGCGAGGAUCCCAAGUUCCGUGAAUGGCAUCAUUGGUUAGUUGUUAAUGUGCCAGGUUGUAAACUUCAGAACGGUGAUGUAUUAUCGGCAUAUAUUGGGUCUGGCCCCCCAAAAGACACCGGCUUACACCGUUACGUUUUCUUGGUAUAUAGGCAGAAAUGUAAAAGAGAAUUUGAUGAGACUCGUUUAAAAAAUAACAGCGCCGAUGGCCGUGGCGGGUUUAAAAUUGCUGAAUUCGCUAAAAAAUAUGAACUGGGCACUCCUGUGGCUGGCAAUUUCUUCCAAGCCGAAUACGACGAUUACGUGCCUAAAUUAUAUGAGAAAUUGGGUGUAAAACCCGAUCCACCGCAGGAUCCUAAAGCAAAAGGAGCUAAAGCAGCGGAGAAACCAAAAGAAACUAAAGCAGAAGCUCCUAAAGAAGCCAAACCAGAGGCUCCAAAAGAAGAACAGAAAGCAGCUGCACCAUAGAAGUAAAGAAUACCACGGUCAUAUGAACCCACAUAAAUUUCGAGUUAUCUAAUUUUCAAACAAUUCCAUUUCCAUUUAAUUUUCUAAAAUACCAUUUCAUUUAAUAAAAU